GUACGGGAAUUUAAAUGCCUCCACGAUUAUGUUUACUCUUUUUAAUAAUGGCGACUACGUUUACUGUUGGUGUGUAAAAAGUUUUGUAUAAAAGUUCGUUCGUUGGCAGUUUUCUCAUUCGUUAAUAAGUGUAAAAUUGACAAGUAUAUGAGUUCCUAUUGAUUUCGUUUUUGUGAUUUUCCCAAAAAAGUAUAAAUUAAAAUUGAAAAUGACAUCUGGUAACAAUAUUGAAUCAGAGUAUCUAAACCUCAAUUCUAAAAACGGGUGGGAACUUCUUUAUCAGCAAAUUCGAUCUGAUUCGUCGAAAUAUAGUAAUACCUGCUUGGAGGCGAUUAAACCACAAAAUAAAGUUCUAAACAGAUACAGAGAUGUCAGCCCCUUUGACCACAGUAGGAUCGUUUUACAGAGAGGUUCGACCGACUACAUUAAUGCCAAUUUAAUUAAAAUUGAAAGAGCGAAUAGACAAUAUAUUUUAACACAGGGCCCCCUACCGAACACAAUCGCGCACUUUUGGUUGAUGGUAUGGGAGCAGAACACGAAAGCGGUGCUUAUGUUAAAUAAAUUAGUAGAAAAGAAGCAGGAGAAAUGUUGCCAAUACUGGCCUAUUAAAAUAGGCGCCGACUACAUUAUGAAACUGGACGAUGUAGGUCUUACGUUAGAAUAUUUAGAGCAACAAGAUCACUCCUAUUAUCUCACGAGAUUAUUACGGCUAACGGACGUUAAGUCCGGCGAAAGUAGAGAGAUAUUACAAUUUCAUUACAUAACGUGGCCCGAUUUUGGGGUACCGAAUUCUCCGACUGCUUUCUUAGAAUUUUUACGUAAGGUACAAGCGGCGGGCGUACUGGAAAGUGACGUCGGUCCGGCCAUUGUUCAUUGCUCGGCCGGUAUCGGUAGAUCUGGAACUUUUUGCCUUGUUGAUUCGUGUCUUAUUCUUAUUGAGAAAUUUGGACUAAAUUCGGUCGAUGUUAAAGACAUCCUGUUGGAAAUGAGAAGGUACAGAAUGGGACUGAUUCAAACGCCCGAACAGCUCAAAUUUUCAUAUCAAGCCAUCAUAGAGGGGGCCAAGCAGUUCACAAAAUCUCCGGCCGAUUCUCAGAACUGCAAUUCUGAUCAGGUAGAAUUGAACAGCGUGUCGGAAAAUUGCAAUCAUAGCUCCGACGAAGAGGACGAAUCUCCGCCUUUGCCGCCUCCGAGACUAGAUAGCCUUAAUCGUAUGACGUACGAAGGUCCUCCGGUAAAUCGACCUUUACCCACUAUUCCUAACAGUGCUUCGCUUAGUGAUUUUAAUUAUGAUGAUAACGGUAGUAUAGAAGAUUUACAAAAUCCACCCAGUGGUCCUUUACCAGUGUUGCCUGGUGAGGACGAAGAGAGUAGCGCCGACGAGUUGGAAGACGAAUCUAUUAGAACAAGCAGCCCGGUUUCGGAUAAGUCGGAUACGAUAAACGGCCAUCACGAUAGCAUUUCGCCACAAGCUGAGCUGCGGCAUAGGAAACGUAUCGAGCGACAGGAGCAACUGGCAGAACGGGUCCGAGAUAUGAAAAGACGUCAGAUGGCUAACGAGCAGUGGACACAACUGAAGAGGUCUCUGUUCAAACCUUUAGCUAUUGCGGGUGCUCUCGCCGUUGGCGGGGGCAUCCUAGCUUAUAUAUACUCUAAAAGCUGAGAGGAAUUUUAAACGAAAAGCGAUUCAAUGUGUAUUUAUGAUUUAAAAAAUGAAAAAAACUUAUACAUUUUAGUUAGUAUAUUGUAUUUUAGGUCUUAAAAACAAAUGUUAUAUGCAGCUAUUAAUGUAUUAUCGAAUUAACCCCUUUCUUUCUUUGUAGUUUUACAAAUAUUCGGAGGAUAUUGUGUAUAAUGGGAACUUACGCAAAAUUAUAAAUUCAAUUUGACAUUUAAACUUACAUAUCACGUACAAAUUUUAUUUACGAAUGUAUUAUUUGUGUCUCGUGCUCGUUCAACAUUUUAUUUCGUAGGCAAUGAAUGGAAAAAAGACUGAGAAUGAUUACCACUUUUAAUAUUAGUUUGCACAUAUUUUUAUCUACGUUGGUGACUUGUUUUUGUUUGUACACAUUAAGGGUGGUAGUCGAAUUGUUGAGUUGGUUAUUAUAAUGGGUGGCGUGUAUAUUGUAUGUAAUAGCUGUGAACUUAUAUAAGACUUAAAUGUCAAAUGUACUAUUUUGCAGUAGGCAUUUUCUUUUGUACGCUAAAUUUUCAAAAAAUGUUUAUCAAAAUAUUUAGCCCCGUCGUAUUCAGACCAAUUCAAUUCGUGAAAUUGAUGUGCCUUCUGUUAGGUUUUUUUUUAAUGAGUACUGUACAACUGUUUAUUACAAAUUAUUGGUGAAGCAGCUGGCUGUGAUUUAUCGAUGUCGUUCGACUGCAUAUUUUCUAAAUUGAUUUAUUUGCGUUUGCGGGUGUAAUCCUAACGAAUAUUUUGAUAAGCCAUUUUUGUCGAAACAAGUUCUGUGUACAGUACAGGGUGAAAUAGAAGUUGUAGCACUCCUUACUUUUUCAAAAA